GGUGGGGAACACCCGCUGGCAACCCCCGUCAACGGAGCACCCGCUGUCCGCUCUCUCUCUCUCUCUUCAUCUUUGUCUCUCCCGUCUCUCUCUGAAUAUUAUCACCCACACAGGUCAGCCCCAUGUAUCAUAGCAGAGAGCAGAGAUCCAGGAGGGCAGAGGCUCGUAAGAGCACUCAGAACCCCAGAUUUCCGAGCUCGUGAAAAGUCUGAGAUACAAAGGGGAAGGUUCCGACAUGUCUAAGACCGGCAAGCAGUCGCCAGCGGGGGUCGAGGACCUGGGUUUCUUCCUAGAUCGAUUAUGGGGAGAAAACCAGAUCUCUCAAGUUCUAGGUUUCUUCCCAGAACUCCCGAUCAAGAGUUCUGAGGAGAAGCCCAGAACUCUCGGUCUGGGUGAAGGUGCACCAUCGGGGAUCCCCCCACCCCCACCCCCCGAUCAAGCUGAGUCCGCCGGUGACUUGGUCGAGGGUGGGGUUGUUCGUGGCCCCAACACACCGGUGGGUUGGGUCGUCGGCAAUGGCGCCUCCUCUCCCGAUUCAGUCGAUAUAUUAACGGUAAAAAAGAGAAAAAAACAGAGGGAGAAGGAGAAGGAGAAAAGGGGCUCCGAUGAGCUUCCCAUCACGAGCUUCCGACGAUUGACAAAUAGCCGGAGACACCGACGGUCGAUCAUGAGGAGGGAGAGGGGCAGAGGAAAAGGGUGACAGAGGGAAGAGGAUAGGGUAGAAGGAGGGAGCGAAAGGAGGUUUUUAUUUUUUAUUUUUUGUAAAUUAUCUAUUUUAUUUUAAUUGAAACUGAGUGUGAGUUCUUUACUCUACAUUUGUGCCACGUGGAAUAAUAUUUGAUACCUGCGAUGCCACUUCAUAAAAAUGUUGAUGGCAUCAAUGAAAACUGACAU